UAUUCAGUAUAGUUUUGACGACAGUUGUGGUCUGUGUGUGUCCAUGUCGUUAAAAUCAACAUUAACCCAAUUGGUUCAUAAUCCUCUUAAUGAGAAGCAAUUUUGCCUGUAGAAUAAAUCUGGAUCUAGAUUGGUCUCAUCCUUCCCAUGAAUGUGUCUGUGAAUUGAGUGAUUUUAUUAAUCUUUUUUGCUCCCAGUUUACUAUCUCUGUUAAACUCUGUGGUUAAACCAUGAAUAUUUUGUGACCUAGAUUUUAUGCCAUGAUAAUGAUCAGUUAGUUACGUGCAUAUUAUGAUGCAUGUUGUAUAAUGCAUUAUAUAUGUGUGUGCAUUUAAGUUCCACAACAUUUGUCACGAUUUUUUAUAACCGUCAUCCGUUCCAAAAUUCUGUGACGAAUUGGAUUAAUUCUAGUUUCUGACCAUUUUUUUCUUGCUCAGUAAAAACAAAAAGUCAUGACGUGUCCUUUAUCACCAGUCGAAUACGCCGAGUUGGACAGUAAAGAAGGUCGUGAGUGGAACCAACUUUGCUCCCCAGAAAUAUAUGAUGAAGGAUACAUAAAAUUGGGGAAGACGAAGGGAGUGUUUGCCAGAAGUUAUUUGUCGUUUUAUGACCGCAUAAAGAACUUUGUGAUUAGAGAUGAUGACGUAUGGGUCGUGAGUUUCCCGAAAACUGGAACAACAUGGACUCAAGAACUCGUUUGGUGCAUGAUGAAUGAUGAUGGUGACGAUGAUUUUGAGAAAGCGAAAAAGGACCUGGGACAAAGAUUUCCAUACUUUGAGGUUCGUGCCAACUGGUCCCCCCGGCUCGCAUCAAUCAUCGAGAAAAACGUGGUUGAAAACGAGGCAGUGUCCUCUGACAAGAAACACUUUUUCCAGGACAGUUUCACCCUCGCGGAGAACAUGGCGUCGCCACGUUUUCUGAAAUGUCAUUUACAUUUUUCCCUCCUUCCCACUCAACUAAUUGAAAAGUCUACGAAGGCGAAGAUCAUCUAUGUAGCCAGAAAUCCGAAGGAUACUUGCACAUCCUUCUACCACCACUCUUGCCUUCUCGACGGCUACGGUGGAACUUUGGAACAAUUUGCGGAGCAAUUUAUCACGGACAACGUUUUCUGCUCGCCUUUUUGGACUCAUUUGAAAGAAUUUUGGGAACGUCGAGAUCGCGAUGACAUCCUCUUCUUGACUUAUGAAGACAUGAAGAAGGACCUCCCAUCAGUGAUUCAAAAAACUGCGAAAUUUCUUGGAAAAGCGGAACUAAGUCCGGAACAAGUUCGGAAAUUGGCUGACCAUCUCAGUUUCGAGAAGAUGAAGGUCAACCCCUUCGUGAAUCAGGAGAGUGUUGUGGAAAACUUGAGGAAAAUCCAUGGGCGGACGUACGACUCGACUUUCAUGAGAAAAGGAAAAGUUGGGUCUUGGCAAGACGAACUUUCUGUGGCCAUAGUGGCCAAGAUGGACGCAUGGAUUGCAGAAAAUAGGAUUGAAGGGCUGUACUAGAUGAUAAAUAACACAAUUUUUGUAUAUUAUUUUGUGAUCGCGUGACCAAAAAGAUAUCCAUCCCCAUUGCGAAAUAUUUCCCUAUUUUCUAAAUCUCAUCUCUUAAAAAGGUGUGGAUCCUGCGCAAUUCCCUAAUCUCAAGAUUUAAUCAAGUUCAAACUAUAUAAAAAUACGAGAGUUAACAAACUAAUAUAAACAAAAUUCCAGACCAAAAA